UGAAGUACCCGUUUUCAUUGAAAAUCUUUACCUUUUGGGUGCAAAUUUAUGCCCUUUUAAAAUCAUGUUUCACUUUAUUGAUUCGUUACAUUUGGUAGUUUAUUUGGUUUCCGUUGAUGGACUCGACUCCUAAAGUGAAUUUGUUACCUUUCCUCCUUGAAAUUGAAUAAAUUGUGUUCCUUGUUCUUAUGAUUGGGACUAUAAAGUAGCUGUUUUCUUGAUUAUAUGCAUAUAUAUUUGUAUGAAUUCCUGAUAAAACUGUAAAUGUAAGCUUUAGGAGGCUGUGUAAUUAAGAAGAAUAGCACAAGGUAGGUAAUAUUUCGAAUUGUAAAAUAGUUUGUGAUUUAAAAGCAUAGCACCAAGCAUUCUGUGCAGGAAUUUGGUUUUGUGAGCUUUCAUUCUUGUUCUAUAUGACCAUGACACCAAGUGUCCCCUCUUAAACGGAUAAUGUAGACAAUACUUGAUGUAAUGUGAAACUAAAAUUUGUCCCACUUUCAUAAGUUUUGUCCCUGGGUAACUAUUCCCAAAACCGGGAUUUAUUGAUGUAAAAUGCUAGUGUUAUUUUUCAGAACGGCAAUUAUUUGCAUUGAGAAAUAGAUAUUUUAACCCAUAAAAAGAUGGCGCUUUUGGGUACGCCACUUAUAGCCGGAAUUGCUGUUGCUGCUGCUGCUCUAGCAGGUAAGUAUAGUAUUCAGGCAUGGCAAGCGUUCAAAGCAAGACCACCAACUGCCAGAAUGCAAAAAUUCUAUGAAGGAGGUUUCCAACCAAAAAUGACUCGCAGGGAGGCAUCACUUAUUCUCGGAGUCAGGGAAAGCACUCCCCCGGAUAAGGUAAGGGAAGCACACAGGAAGGUGAUGGUGGCAAAUCAUCCCGAUGCAGGUGGCAGCCAUUACCUUGCUUCUAAGAUUAAUGAAGCUAAAGACGUGUUGCUUGGGAAGUCUAAGAGCGGCAGCGACUCAGCCUUUUAAUCUUUACCCCAGAGCAGCGGCAAAUAUUUUAACCCCUGCGAGUUAACGCCUGCCCUCCAAAGUCGAUUGUCAACAAUUACGUGACAGUAAGAUAUUUUUCAAUUUUAUCACCAGAAAAAAUAUAUUCUUUGAGCAGGGGUGUAAUAUUUGAUGUGCUUGAAUAUACAGACUACAGUGAACCAACCUUGUGCUAUCUGUCCUACUCUAAUAUCUAAGCUUAGAUGUGUAUAAGAGAAGAAUUGCUUUGCUUUAUGUGCUUUUCAAGGAUUGCAAUAAAUUCUAGGAGUAGAUAUGAAUGGAUUGACUUCGGAAUUUCACUCUGCUGAUUGUGUUACGAGUCUCACUAUUUUUGCUUUUUAA